AUGGCAGGAUCCAAGGUGAAGUAUGACAUUGAGAUCAAGAAGAUGUGUAAGCAGGCCAUAGCGGGCUCCAAGGACACCAAAGACAAAGAGCAGAAGAUUCUGGAUGCCUUCAAAAUGUGGGACAAGGACGCCAGCGGGUACAUCUCAAAGGAUGAACUGUCCGUGGUGUUGAACGCCCUGGGGUGCUCCACCACCGAAGUCGAUCUGAACGUCAUGUUGAAGGAGGCCGAUUUGGAUAUGGAUGGCAAGAUCAACUAUGAGGAAAUGGUCCAGUGGCUCUGCCGCGCCCCACAUCUGGAGCAGUACUUCCUCCUCUCCCUGGACAUCUUCAAGCGCAACUUCAAAGAUGUGGAUGCCGAGGUGCUGAACGUACAGAAGGAGAUGGUGAAGAUGCAGAAGGAGUUUGAUGACGGCAUUGAGGGUGUGGACGAGACAGUUGCCAUGAAGAAGUGCCUCGGGAUCAUGCGGAAGUUGGUCAACAAGAUGGAAGUGGUGCAGAAAGCAACCCAGAAACGGAUCGAUGAUGAGCUGACCCCGGUGAUCAAGAGGUCUUUCAAGUACCAUGACAAGGACAACAGUGGCACGUUGACCUAUGACGAGGGCAUCAUCUUCUUCUCCAACUUCAUCGCUCUCUGGGAGCCCUUUGGGGAGUUGAUGUCGGAGCUGAAUUGCGCUCAGGUGGCAAUGCUCGAACGCGUGGAUUCAGAGGCCGAGGAUGACAACUUGGACAACACCAAGCAUGUGGCGCAAGAGAAGGCAAAGCUUGUAACGCCUGACAAGCUGCACGCAGCUUUCAAGACGAGAUACGCCGUCUUGAAGGGAAAGCACAAAGAAAACAUGGAUGCCGAUCACAAGGCGGCAUUCGCAGUGCUCGCCGGCAAGGAUGGCAAGGUGACAGAAGCUGUCGUGGUUGAGGCGCUUCUGCAUGGCCAUGAGAAGAACAGCGAGUUCCUGGCCGCCUUGGGCCUUGCUGUGGAGGAUGUGAUGAAGGCUGCAGAGCAGCAGUGCAAAGAACUGAGUGGCCACCUGGAGAGCGUUCAGGAGGCCCUCGAUGAGAUGAGCAAAGCUUCCACGGAGAUGGGAGCCCUGCGCUUCGACACCCCGAUGCCCGUGGCCAUGGAUGAGGACGCUGGUGACUGCCAGACUCAAUGA